GCUGCCGCGCGUGCUCUGCUCGUUCUGGCGUAUGACUACGAGAAACUUCUUCACUGGCUCUGAGAACCGGUCUCACGUGCGCUGGUUGGGCAAUCGAUGUACUGUUCUGCUUACCGAUGUCUGGACCACUGUACGGUGUGGCCCAGGCUCUCUUCUGGUUACAGCGCAGGACGAGGUCAGGAGUAUGCAUGGCAUAGAGGCGGCUGUGGAUCUGCUGCUGGCAGACCCAUGCCCAGUCCCUACAGACGCAGCAACCCACCUCCUGGCUGCACUGGCACAGGACAACAGCCGCAAUGUGGUGGGCAUUGAGCGCUGCAGCGGCGUCCAAGCCCUUGUGGACACCCUCAGGCGUGGGCUACAAGGUGAAGAGGAGGAUGCGGUCAUUGUAGCUGCACUCUCCACGCUGACCAGGCUAGCACAGCACAGCAGGCACUGCAGGGAUGCUGUGCGUCUGGCCGGCGGCGUUUCUGUCAUCACUGGGACACUGGCAGCCUGCAGCAGCAGGCUGGAAGCUGCCGGGGAAGCUGCCGCAUGCCUCGGGGCAGUGGCCACAGAAAAUCUGGAAAAUCAGGUGGCUAUUGGUGAGGACGGGGCUGUGGAGCUCUUAGUCAGAGCUGCAGAAGCUUCCAGCGGCUGCAGGGGUCUGCAGCAGCGCUUCCUGUCUGCUCUUUGGAGCGUCAGCAGAUUGCACCCUCACAACAGGAUGCGCAUUGAGGAGGCUGGAGGGGCGGCUCUUUUACAGGAGGUCAACCAAUUGGGGGAGCUGCAUGACAGAGGGUCGACAUCUCCACUUGCGCUGCUCAGCGCAGCCACCAUUGGCUUCCUCUGUUAUGAGGCCUGCCGCGAGCUGUAUGCCCAAGUGCGCGCGCUGUUUGCCUGAUCAGCGUGCGAGUCAGGACGAGCAUGCAUGUGUGUGGUCUGUGGGAUAUCAUGGGAACCCAUGUCAAUGCAAUUGCAAGGCUCCGCUUGAGUGCCAAUGCUGAUGGUUAGAAGUUGCAAGGUGAAAUACACGUGUCACUCGUGUGUGGCAUAGGACAUGCUUUCGAGCACCUGCUGAUCACCUCUGGACGCAACUUGCAGUUGCAAGCCAGUCUUGUAAUCCUCAGUAUGGGAGGAUCCGGUUGGUGUAGUUGCCGUGCAUGCACUUAGUGGGCAUUGGUCAAUCAGUUAUUUGCAGCUCUUCAAUGCACGACCUGUGGACCGUUGACCAUCGGUGCCAGAUCUGGCAACGUGCCCAGAUAGAAGCUGAGGUGUGACAACUCGUUGCCACCAAGAAACGAAGCGUCUUGUCAUUCUUGCUGUAAAAAUUCGUUGCCUU